AUGGAGUUGGAUUCGCCUUCUUGCUGCUCACAGUCAAAUGAAGAUGAACAAGCUGGAGAAGGAGGAGGAGAUGAAGACGGUGACUCCAGCUUUUGGGACAUCAUUGCCGGCUCCCACAUGAAACUAGAGAGCUACAGCGAUCAACCGUACGACCAGGAAAUGACCGAACCGGUACCAAGCUUCAUGUCUUCGACGGCGCCACCUCUCUCGACAUCGAUGAGCUUUGCGUCGUCACCGGUUCCAUUGACGAAUCUACCAGAGUACGAAGACUUCGGCACGUUACCCUCAUUGAUGUGCAGCCAAGUCUCGUACCCGGGCCUCGGACCAAGUCAUCUCGUCACUUUUGAACCUCGUCGAGACGGCACACCUUUUCCGCUGUCGAAACCCAUUGUGCGUGAAGAUGGGUUCCUGCUCGUGGGCACGGAGAUCGUUGCCGACGCCUUAUCAAGUUCGACCCGCGAGAAGAACCGAAUCUUCGUGACAAACUUCCUCACCUCUGCUGCGCCGACACAGCCACCAGCGCACAUUCUCGUGGAAGACGAGGUUCGCGAUGCACGCUGGAUAGGCCCUCGAGCCGCUGUCUUGGCGAUCGGCAAAGAGAUACAAGUCAUUCAGUUGGGUGAUCUCUCCAUGGGAGGAUCGUGCAGGAUGCAAGCGCCAAUUAACGCCGUGCACGCCGAUACGAUACGAGAGCUCGCUGUGUCGCCUACUACGACCUCCUACGUGGUGUCUGGGGGUUUUGACGAGACGGUUGUCCUGACCGACCUACGAGCCCAGGGAGACCCGCAAGCGGCUGCGAUCAUUGGCAAGUACAAUGCAAGCGACGUGGUGAGCAGCGUGCGAUGGGCACCUCUGGAGUCGCAAUUGAGCUGGACAACGGAUGGAGGCGACUUCCAAGUCGCUGACAUUCGCGUGCACUCGCCCCAGCUACAAGUCCCGCUCUACACGUAUCAGAAUCUGACCGCUUUUGGCGGCCUCUUCUCCCAUGAAUACCUGGGCCCCUAUAACAUCGCUCUCGGAUUCCAGUACGGCCACAUUGCUUUCGUCGACACGCGAAUGCCUCGGCAUAAUUUCUGUACCUCUACGAUCGAGUCCAAGCUAGGAGGCACGGGUGAAAUCUGUCGUUACAAGACGGACAAAUUUGCGAUAUUUGGCUAUGGCGGAUUCUCCACCGCGUAUAUGGACGGAACAGCCACGAGCUUGGACCAGGUCAUCCUACAACAGCAUCGGACGCUCUCUUCGUACAAAACAAGCGGCGACUUUUCCUAUGAGCGAGGAUUGUACCUGGCUGUCUCGGACAACACGGGCACUGUGUCGGUGUAUACGGAUGAUACGGUCUUUGGAUCGUCGACGUCAUUUCACGGCAGCACUGCAGCUGGUGGCUGGUAA